CCUCCUGCCGGCAGCGAGCGGCCGUUAUGGGGGCACUUUGGGGCCUGGGGGGUCGGGGUGUGUGCGGGUGAUGGUGUGGGAAAGGUGCCAUCAUCCCACAAAGUACAGAAAAGCAAAGGGGAAAUUGGGGAGAGGUGGGGGAAAUGACUGCAUCGACACCCUGCUGGAAACGCAGCCCCAUGCACUGCACCCUGACCCCACGGCACCCCCAGGGCAGGGCUUGGAGCCGGGGGCAGUAAUUCGCUCUAUCACCUCCGAGGAGUGGAAAGGAGUGAAAAACAGAGGGGAAAAAUCACCCACCACCCAAACGGGACCAGCGACAGCCCACCGCCACUGCAUCACUGCGUCACCCUGCCCUGAGCUCCUGACUUUUGGGAGAGUUCUGGGGGUUCUUCGGGAGCAAAGGGACGGCGGCCACAGCACAUUCACACACAGGAGAAGGCAGCCGGGGCCGAUUCACACCGAGGGGUGGUCGGUGCCCUGCAGGAGCGGGGGACGCUGCAGCCACCGUGCCCUCUGCUGCUGGGGAGGGGGCACGCGGUGUCACUGCCAAGUGCUGUUGUGGCAGUAGGGAGGGUGUCAGAAGCUUAAGUGACAGAGCUGGGGGGAAAUGUGAUCGUCGGGGUGGAAAUGUUACAGCCGAGGUGGAAAUCUUACGGCCAGAGGGGAAAUCCUAUAGCCAGGAAGAGAAUUUUAUACGCAGUGGGGAAACCUGAUAUCCACGGGGGGAAAUUCUAUGUCCACAGGGACAAUUUGUAUAUCCAUGGGGGAAAUCCUGUCCCCAGGGAGGGCUUUGCCACUGCAGGCAGCCAGCAGCGCUGUGAUGCCGGCGGAGCAGGAGGGUGAAAAAAGGGGGAGAAGGAGGGAAAAAAAUGGGGAAAUUGGGAGAAAAAGGGAGAAAGGGGAACGCUGUGUGCUCUUCUGGCAGAUGAGCUCCGUGACCCGGCCGGGGGCUGCAGCGCUGCACACUGAGGGGUGCAGCCGUCACCUCUCUCCAAAGCAGCAGGCAGCGCUUCGCCCCUCGUCUGUAGGAAACCUCGCUCCUCUGGGGAGCCUUUCUGGGGAGAUAAGGCUGCAUGAGAGCAGAACGAGGUGUCUGCGUGCUGGGCUUGGGGAAAGGGGCUGCUGCCCACUCUGCCCUGUGGGAUGCUGUGCAAUCCCAGCAGUAGGACAGGUUGGGGUGCCGUCCCUGAGCACCCCGCGAGCAGCGGUGCUUUGGGGUGCCAUGCACAGGGGCGCAGCACCCACGCUCCUGCAGCACCGCUCCUGCAACGGCACAACGCGCGGCCCCGUGUGAAGGCAAAAAAGCAAACCACCACCACCACCAAAAAGCAAAAUAAUAACAAUGCUCAUUAAGAACGAUCAGAAAGCAGCGGGGUACGUACGUUGCAGCAGUCCAUGGCGGUGCGGGGCUCUCUCGGCGCAGGUGGCAACUUGAGCGGAGCCGCUUGCCUACGUAAUGCGCUUCCUCGGGGCGCCGCUCAGCCCACCUCCCCGCCAGCACUGCUGCUCCUGCCAGGAUCGGGAUUCAGCUUUGCAGUUUUUUUCCCCCUUCUCUCUCUCUUUUUUUUUUUUUUUUUUUUGCCUCCUCCAAUUUCUCUCCCAGCGACUCCCCUCGCCUCCGACUCCCUCCUAACGCUUAAAGGAGCCGGCAGCCCGUGCCAGGGCUUCAUGCAAUAUAAAUCCCGCAGCACGGAAGAUGCUAUCAAAUAUUUAAUGGGAUGGGGCGCUGGGCGCUGUGCCCACGGCCCACAUCGGGGUGGGGGGGCUGCGCUUUAUUCCCAGCAGAGCAGAUCUCAUUGUGGACAUGGGGGCCGGGGUGCACCAGGGUCACACACACCUGCAGCAAGUGGGGUUGAUGUGACUUUUUGGGGGUAAAUUUUUGGGGGGUGAUGGUGUGACUUUUGGGGGCGAUGUGACUUUUCAGGGGCGAUGCUGAGCCCUCAGGAUGGGGGCUUCACCCCCAGCUGUGUCUUUGCAGGAGCAGAGGGAAACCUUCCUGCACCAGCUCUGACCUACUUAGCUCUGGGCCCCGAAGGAGGGCAUGGAUGAGGAUGCUGAGGAGGGCUGGUCACGGUGGUCGCACUCCCAGCAGCAUCCCGCCCCCAACUUUGGGGCGUUUUGUAGCAAAACGUUCAAACCCAGACAUCUUUAGGGGUGUUGUGCCAAUCCCCUGGGCCACGCUGUCACUGGGGGCCAUGGAGACCCCCAGAGCAGCUCAGGGGGUGCAGCCACAGCCCCCCGCAUCGCCCACCUCACACGCCUCUAAUCCGGGUUUGGGGUUGCUAAGCAACCACGCAACUCGCCUGUGGGCUCCGCACAGUGAUGCUGGCUCUGGCCAGCCCCCAAAACAUGCCGUGCCCCCCGAGCCCGGUGGGGAUGGGUGCCCCUGGGCAGGCUGCCUGCAGGGCUGGCCCUGCCACCCACCCAGGGCUUUUGUUGCAGGAACCUUCCCAUUGCCGUCAGCUGGCGUCAUCUGUGUCCCUGUCACCAUCGCAGUGGUCAGCACCUCUGUCCCGUUGUCAUCACUGUCCCCGUUCCUGUCACUGUCACAGAUCCCACUGCUGUUACUGGCCCUGCUGCGUCUUCAUCACUGUUCCCAUCACCACCCCCACCACAAUCCCCAUCUCCACCGCUGUCCCUGUCCCCAUCCCUGUCCCCAUCUCAGUAUUGCUGCCCAUUUCACCAUUCCUGCCCCCUUUCCCUUCAUCACUCUCAUCCUUGUUCCCAUCCCAACCUCAGCACCAUCAUUAUCUGCCUCCAUCACCACCCCUGCUCCAUCAUUGCUCCUCUCACCCUCUGUCCCCAUCCCUAUCCUUGUCCCCAUUCCCAUCCCUGUUCCUAUCAUCAUCUCUGUUCCCAUUCCCAACACUCUUUAUCCCUGUCCCCAUCCUCUGUCAUCAUACUUGUCCGUCCCCCCCCCAUCCCCGUCCCCUUCUCCAUCCCUGUACCCCUCGUUGUCCCUCCUCCUUAUCUCCAUAUCCAUCCCCUUCCCCAUCCCUUGUCACCAUCUCUGCUUCCCUUCACCAUCACUGCCCCUGUUCUCUCCCUGUCUAUCUGUCCCUGUCCCCAUCUCCGUAUCUCCAUCCCGCACUAAGAGGGGUUGGGGGGGUUAUCCACAGCCGCCUCCAGGCGCAAGCACUCGCAGUGGCACGCAGGUUGCAGGGCUGAGCAUCCCUCGAAUCCUCCUGCUCGCUCCUGCUCUCCCAAGCGGAGCCAGUUUCAAGUCCCUGCAAAUGCCACCUCUUCCCACCAGCGUGGGGAAAAAAUAGCUGCGCUCUCAGCACCGAUCUGCUCCAGCUUCCAGACAAAGGCUGCACCGCUCAGCCGGUGCUUUCAGAUGGGAAACCAAUCCCCUCCUCUUUUCAGAGCCGCCGGGUUGAUCGUUGGCUCCUGGCAAGGCAAGAGGAGGCAUUUCUGGGGAGCCGAGCAGAGCCAGGGUGAUGGGUGCAUCGAGGGGAUGGCUCCAGGAAAAAUCUAUGCUAAUGGGAAACCUCAAAGACUGCUGUGCAAAAUGCUCAUCCCACUACCUGCCAAACCUGUAAAAUCCCCCAGUGUAAGGGAUCUGGGCAGUGUUUUGGCUCUGGACCCUCAGAACCAGCUCCAUCCGCAGCUCCCCAGUCCUGGCAGAGUCACCGAUCGCCACGAAUCCCGCAGGCUGCGGAGGAGGGAUGCAAAAUGCCAGAACAUUUCUAAUCAUUAGCAGCAUUUUGAGCCCGUGCCAGCCUCUGCCUUCUUCUCCCCGUGCUGUUGCUCACAGUGAGGGCACCCCAAAAACCAACCGCCCUGAGCAAUGCUUUCCAGGCACUCAGAACCCCCUAAGCAUCACCCUGGGAUGCAGGAUAACGCAUAACCCAUGGGAUGGAAAUGGGUGACAAGCCCCAUUGUGGGGACACGCCGGCACAACGCGGCGUUGGCACAGAACCCUUUGGGGAGUGGGGCUGGCAGCCGGCGAGGCGGCGCAGGGUCAGGGCGCAGCGGCUGGCAGCAGCCCUGCACGGGGUCCCCGCCAGCUGUCCCCAUCCCUCCUUCCUGUUUUUCUCAGCCCGCAUAUGGCAGCUCCCGACGCCGGUGCUGCGAGGCGGCAUGGCUUCCCUCCGAGGGCUUUGAUUUCUGCCUGGACUUCACCAUCGCUUGGUGACACACCUGGGAGGACCCCCACAUUGCUGCAGAGAUACAGAGACAUCUCAGCCCUGGUGGGGGUAGUGGAAGAGGAGCAAUGUCACAUCCCUCCUUCUCACAGGGACGAUAUUAAAUUCUGACAACCUCCAGGGAUGCAGGGGCCUAAAUAUAGAGCGUUAAAUGCCA